AUGCAUACUCUGCAGUGGAGUGAAAAUAUUGCAGCGCCGUUUUCGUCUCAAACAGAUGAUAAAGAGACUCAAGUACCUAAAGUAAUAGUCGGUAAAGAUGAAAUUUCACUUGCCUCUUCACAAGAACCAUGUUAUUCAAAGAGAAAUGCACAAAAUGAAAAUCCAGUACCCGAAAGAAAGAAGUCAAAACAAUUAAAACUAUUCGGUGUCCGAAAUACAAUGACUGAAGCAAAAAAACGGGAGAUAGAUAAUAAAUUAUUAAAAAUGAUCACUAAUGACUAUCAACUUCUAUCUAUAGUGGAAAAUAUAGAAUUUAAAGAAUAUACUAAAGCAUUAAAUAGUGAGUAUGUAUUUCCAAAUAGAAAAGUUAUGACGAAAAUAUUAUUCCAAAACAAUAUUCAUACUCUGUUUUGA